UCAUUCAUACUUUUUAAGCGGCUCAAGCUACAAAUUUAUAGUCCGUUAUAUUUAAAUUAUUGUUUUACAUUACGCAAACUAAUUGGUCUUAAACUUACAAUAAUGAAUAAAGAAGCAUCGAGAAGAAGACACCAUAAGUGCACCCCAUCGCUCAGGGAUAUUUUGUCGAAUCUGGGCAUUCAUAACAGAAGUGACUGGUUCGAGUAUUUUGAAAGGACUAGAACGCCGCAUACAAGUGAAACGUUGACCAAAAAAUCUGAAAGAAAAUGCUAUUCAAUCCCUUCAGAAAGACAAAAAAGGCCAAUUGAAAGAUCGCAACGUUUUACAACGAAAUUGAUGGAGCAAGAAUCACAAAAGACGGAGGUUCCCCAAAUGAAAAGUCUGGUAGCCCAAGUUUUAAGUAAACUCUUCUCACUACUCUUCGAUCAAGGACCUAUUGAGCAAAUCAGCAGCCUGGUCUUCACUAUAUUCACCAUAACUAAAUCGGUGCUAAGGAGUAAUAAAAUGAUAGGCAUUAAACAUGUGCAUGACAUGUGAAGACUAAUUCUGGGUAACAGAAUGAAUGUCGCCUUUCGUGCAUAUUUGUUUAUAUUUUAUAAACAAAGUAUAAAAGAAAAAAAGAAAUUUGUAUUAAAAUAAACAUGAUUUUCAACUUUA